AACCUGCUCCAUACAGAAAUAAAACCACUGGAAUGAUUUUUUGAAGCUUGCGGGAUUCGUCCUGCGGGUUUGUCCAUUGCUAGUGAAAUACUGGGAUAAAUAGAUAUUUCCUCUGAAUGGGCAUGCGGUCAAUUGAAAAAUUAUUUUUAACAACAAAACCUACUGAGGUCAAUCAAUAUACGAUAUACUGUGUAGACGGAGAACAAGCAAGAAAAAAAAUCACGAAUUGUCUGUAAACCCUGUGCAUGUGGUUUAGGCUGACCAUUGCGAUCUUUCAAACUGUAAACUCCAGAAUGAUUAACAGAAGAAAAAUAAAAUAAAAAGGUCCUUAUAAUUUCCCACCCAGGAUCUGAAAGUGGGAUCUGUAAGCAGUGAACAGUGUCUCUGUUUAGGUUAGGGGCGCCCAGGAGCGGUGACAACGAUUCAGUCUCAACACCACACACCCGAGAGUACAAAAGCGACAUCCACUCAAUACUUUACUCGAGUGGGGAACAAAAGGAGACUGCUGUUUCCAGGUGGAGUCUUAACAGCUGUUUUUUUUUUGUAUCGGCCCUUCAGAUCAGUGGAGUGAUUUCGAGGAAGUGCAUGCUUGUGAAGAGUUGCUGGGACUAAUCGAAUUGGGAUCUGCCCCGAACUUCGGCCCGUUUCCCACCAUGAAGAAAAGUAGGAGCGUUCUGACAGUGUCCCCAGACGACGAGAAUAAAGACCCUCCCGACUGUGGCUUGAGCAAAUCCUUCACCUCUUCAGCUAACACUCUGGGUGUGGAUCUCAGGAGAGGCAGGAGACGGUACUCUGGCAACCUGCAGCUGCCACCCCUGUCCUGGAGACAGGCAGAGAGAGCGAAGACCCCAGAAGAAGAGUUCCUCCCAAGACCUACCACCCUCCCCUUCAUCAUCCCCCCUCGGAUCGACAUCACUCCUGUGGAUCCUGAGUGCUUUGAUGUUGAGAAUGGUCAUGGCCCUUCGCCCAGUCGCAGUCCCCUGGACCCCCAGGCCAGCCCAGGCUCAGGGCUCGUCCUGCACACCAACUUCCCCGGGCACAGCCAACGCAGGGAGUCCUUCCUGUACCGCUCAGACAGCGACUAUGACUUAUCCCCCAAGUCCAUGUCGAGGAAUUCCUCAAUUCCAAGUGAACUACAUGGAGAUGACCUGAUAGUAACACCUUUUGCUCAAGUACUUGCAAGUCUAAGAAGUGUAAGAAACAACUUCACAGCUCUGACAAACGUUCAUGGCGCGCCAAACAAGAGAUCUCCGGUAACAAGCCAGCCGCCUAUCACCAGAGUCAGCCUGCCAGAAGAAUCUUAUCAAAAACUAGCUAUGGAAACCAUAGAGGAAUUGGACUGGUGUUUAGACCAGCUUGAAGCAAUACAGACUUAUCGGUCCGUCAGCGAGAUGGCAUCCAAUAAGUUCAAGAGAAUGCUGAACCGGGAGCUGACACACAUGUCGGAGACGAGUCGCUCUGGAAACCAGGUGUCUGAAUUCAUUUCAAACACCUUCUUAGACAAACAGAAUGAUAUGGAGAUCCCUUCCCCGACAUCAAAGGUCAGAGACAAGAAGAAAAAGGAGCAGCAACUCAUGACACAAAUCAGUGGGGUGAAGAAACUAACUCACGGCUCCAGCCUGACCAACUGCAGCAUCUCAAGAUUCGGAGUCAAAACCGACAAGGAGGACCUGCUGUCCAAGGAGCUGGAAGACCUGAAUAAGUGGGGCCUUAACAUCUUCAAAGUGUCUGAAUAUUCACACAGCAGACCUCUCACAUGUAUAAUGUAUGCCAUUUUCCAGGAGAGAGACUUGCUGAAGACCUUCAAGAUCCCUACAGACACAUUUGUGUCCUACAUGAUGACGUUAGAAGACCACUACCAUUCAGAUGCGGCUUACCAUAACAGCCUACACGCUGCCGAUGUCGCCCAGUCGACGCACAUCCUGCUGUCAACACCAGCGUUAGAUGCGGUGUUCACAGAUCUCGAGAUCCUGGCUGCCAUCUUUGCUGCUGCGAUUCAUGACGUUGAUCACCCCGGCGUCUCCAAUCAGUUCCUAAUUAAUACCAACUCAGAGCUGGCACUGAUGUACAAUGACGAAUCGGUGUUAGAAAACCACCAUCUCGCAGUGGGCUUCAAGCUGCUGCAGGAAGAGCACUGCGACAUCUUCCAGAACCUCAGCAAGAAGCAGAGGCAGAGUCUGAGAAAAAUGGUCAUUGAUAUGGUUUUGGCGACCGACAUGUCCAAACACAUGAGCUUGCUGGCGGAUUUGAAAACCAUGGUGGAAACCAAAAAAGUGACAAGUUCAGGAGUUCUCCUCCUAGACAAUUACACAGACAGAAUACAGGUUCUUCGCAACAUGGUGCAUUGUGCAGACUUGAGCAAUCCCACCAAGUCUCUGGAGCUGUACAGGCAGUGGACUGACAGAAUCAUGGAUGAAUUCUUCCACCAGGGAGACAGAGAGAGGGAGAGGGGCAUGGAAAUCAGCCCCAUGUGUGAUAAACACACAGCCUCCGUCGAAAAGUCACAGGUCGGAUUCAUUGACUACAUUGUCCAUCCUCUGUGGGAGACGUGGGCUGAUCUAGUCCACCCGGAUGCACAAGACAUCCUGGACACGUUAGAGGACAAUAGGAACUGGUAUCAGAGCAUGAUCCCUCAGAGCCCGUCCCCUCCUUUUUACGAGCAGGGCCAAGACCAUCACAGCACCACGGAGAAGUUCCAGUUUGAACUCACGCUGGAGGAGGAGGGUGAUUCGGACGGGACCGAGCGAGACAACAGUCAGGGGGAGGACAGCACGAGCGAAGCAAUCUCCCCCUUCGAGAACGAGGACAUGGAGGAUCAGACAGAAGCGACGCACAUCCAGAUCAUCACACAGGACGCAUCGCCCGUGGACACAUAAUGACAGCUGGCGGCCCAUUUAAGGGUCUGUUGUUGUUUUCACAGGUUGUUUAAAAGGAGUAAUCCUGCAAUCCAGGUUGUAAUGCCUGGGGCUAACUUUGGCAAAAGGAGAUUUCCUCGUACAUGCAUUUGGAGUCAGAGUUAAGCAGGGAAGGGAAGAGAUGAAGGAGCUCUCAGGAAUUUUCUUCAUAAAAAUGGACCUGAUUAUCAAGCAAUGUUUGUUUUUCUUUUGUUUUGUUUUUUUAAACAAUUUUGGUAAUCAAGGACAGGGGGCCAAGUAGAAAUGUUUACUGGACCAGCAUGGAAUUGAUGACACUACUGAGAGAUUUUGUACUAAAAGGACAUAUGUUUUUGUAAUAGAAUGUCAACAGGUGGGAGUAUGAGCUACGGACAUACAGGUAUUUGUAAAGAAAGUAGUUUACUUUUCUGUAACAUCUGUCCAAGGACUUGUGUGCCUUUUUUUUUUUUUUUUUUUUUUUUUUUUUUUUUACAA